UUCUUUUUCUUCAAAGUAAAUAUCCGAAGUUUGACCGGCGUUGCCACAUUGGCGGCCGUAGCUUCUCGUUGUCUUCCUGACCACACCGUACACUGAUAUGAAAUCAUCCCUUAUCUUCUUCUCUUUUACUUUUCAAUUCAUUUCAUUAUAAAUACAAACACAAUUUCUUCUCAACAUUUCAUCACUCAUUUCCGCUUACACAUAAACAAGAAAACAUGGCCGCUAGAUUCGCUUUUGUUCUACCUUUUGCACUCUUUUUAUUUCUUCAAUACUCCGCCGCUCAGACUGUUUAUACCGUCGGUGACUCCGUUGGCUGGACAGUACCUGCAAACGGCGAGGUUUUCUAUAAAACCUGGGCUGCCGAUAAAAUUUUCUAUGUCGGUGAUUCUCUCGUUUUCAAUUUCACGACGGAUAAGGAUGAAGUGGCGAGAGUUACGAAAAUGGGGUUUGAUAUGUGCAGUGACGACAAUGAAAUUGGAGACUCCAUUGAAACAGGGCCGGCAACCAUUUCUUUAUUAACUCCGGGCGAGUACUUUUUCAUCAGCUCUGAGGAUAGGCACUGCCAACAAGGUCAAAAAUUAGCCAUUAAUGUCACUGCCGCCCCUGGACCUCGGUCGCCGCCCUCUUCCAACGUUCCUCCACAAACCCCAGCCCCAAAACGAGCUCCGGUGACCCAUGUUGUCGGUGACACCGCUGGGUGGGGGAUUCCUAAGGGCGGCGCCGUGUUCUACUCCAACUGGGCUGCCGGAAAAAGCUUCCUUGCUGGCGAUAGUCUAGUGUUCAAUUUCGCAACCCCCGACGAUGAUGUAGUCAGAGUAUCGAAACAAUCGUUCGAUUUAUGUAACGAUGACGGUGAGAUCGGUGAGGAUAUCGACCACGGGCCAGCAACCAUCCCGCUGUUAACUCCCGGCGAGUAUUACUUCAUAAGCAAUGAGGAUGGGCACUGCCAGCAAGGUCAGAAGUUAGCGAUCAAUGUCACAGCCGCCCCCGGAACAAUGGCUCCACCUUCUUCAAAUCCUCCACCAUCUACCCCACGCCCUGCCCCCGUGACCCAUAUCGUCGGAGACUCCGUAGGCUGGACCACUCCACCAGGCGGCGCCGCUUUCUACGUCAACUGGACUACCGGCAAGACAUUCGCCGUCGGUGAUUCUAUUGUGUUCAACUUCACAACCGAAGUACACGACGUUGAGAGAGUACCGAAAGCAUCCUUCGACAUCUGUAGCGAUGACAACGAGAUCGGAGAGACCAUUGAAUCUGGGCCUGCAACAGUUGUUCUAACUACUCCCGGCGAACAUUACUACAUUAGUACUGAGAAUCAAGAUUGUCAACUGGGCCAAAAAUUAGCCAUCAAUGUAGUGGCGACCAGAUCCACUGGUCCUGUUACAUCCGUUUCAACCCCUCCAACCUCCGGACCAACCGCUGGCGGUUCACCCUUUGGUACCGGUGCCGGACAACCCAAGUCCUCUGCUAACACCAUCGCCGCCGCUGUCUCCGCCACAGUCUUUGGCCUUGCUCUUAGCUUCUUCUAAUUAAUACGUUUUGUUAGAUAAAUCAUGUUUUCCUUUUCCUUUUUGUUGUUAUAAUUAUUUGUGUUCUUCAUGUUCUACUUUGUCAUUUCAUUAUUUUUAUACAUUACUUAUAUAAAUAAAUUCACAUUGUUUUUAAUUUCCUCCA